UAUAAAAUCAUACUGUACCUCCAUCCCAAAGAAGGCAACUCACUGUGUGUCUCCUCCAGAGAAGUGAAGACAACGAUGAUGACAGUGAUGACGAUGAAGAUGGCCUCACCUGUGCUGAUUCUGAUCUUCACAGCUGGAGUUGCCCUUGGACAGGAUGAGAGAAAAGCAGCCGCAGGACACGUGCUUCCACUAGAUAUGGCAGUGGAUUCGGUUGAUGACCAAUACCGGGGUUGUACAGAGAAGAUGGCAGAAUUGGUGAAGACUGAUUUUCUUCCACGUGAACUUAACAACACAACAGUCCUUGGUAAAGCAUGGAGAAACAUAUCGCAAAAUGAUGACUAUAAUUGUACCAACAAUGAAUUGCCAAGGAACCAUUGCAUUGCCCUGUAUGUGUACACUGGACGGGACUCAUAUUUUGAUUUUAACCAGGCUGAUCGUACAGGUAAACACAACUACACUACCGGGACUUAUGAAUGGUACUCGCUCAGCUUUUACUUGACGGAAGCUGUGCAGACUCUAAAAAGAAAACAGAAUAACUGCGAUAUAACUUAUCGUGGUACAAAUCUCGCUUUUGAUAAAAAUGUUCUAAACAAAGAGGUCCGAUUUGGCUCAUUUGCGUCCACUUCGUUAGUUUGUGACAAAACACAGAGGUUUGGAACAAAAUCUUGUUUUAAUGUCACAACGUGCUAUGGUGCUGCCAUAGAUGACUAUUCCAUAUUUGACGAGGAAGAGGUAUUAAUUCCUCCAUACGAGAAGUUCAUGGUCACUGAUGUCUUAGAGAAAACAAAACAUCUUGACCUCUGGUGUGACACUGUGUAUGUGCUGCACAGCACUGGAAUCAGAAGUGACCUGAACUGUGCAGUAGCUCAUGGCCAAUCCCCUCCCUUGUAUCGGUCAGAUCAGUCUCUCUGGGUGGCCAGUCUGGGUGUCGUUGCUUUCAUUCAGACUGUUAUGCACUAGGUAUUGUGGAGCCUGUACAGCUUGAUACAUUAGGAAAUGCCUCAGAGAGUAAACUCCUUUUUUGAUGAAUGUCUCAUCACUGUGAUAGGCCUGUCUGAUUAUUUGGGUCUGGAUAAGAAGGAAAGGUCUAAUACAAUUUGGACUGUGACUGAAAGAGAGAGUUAUGAAUCAAAUACACAUGGUUAAAUGCUUAAAUGUUAUAAUUGUUGUACUGUAUAUAAUUGUCAGUAAGUCGCUUUGGAUAUUUUUUUUAAAAUGUAAACGUAAAUGUAAUCGUAAAUGAUGGUGAUGAUGAUGAUGGUGAUCUACAGGUCUGAAGUUUAAGUAUCCAUGUGACUCCAUCAUGGAGGACGUCCCAGUUAAUACUCUUCAUUCUGUUGAAUGAAGGGGCCUACUGCAGACGGAGUCAUUUCUUUUUAAUUUGCAGCUCAUCUUGUUCUGAGAGACAAUGCACAGUUUACAGUUUACAACCACUGGUAAAGCGACAUUAUAUUUAUAUUAUUAAUUGAUGCUGUAACAUCAUAAUUU